CGCAGAAUUGUAGCGAUGGCGAGGAUUAAGGUUUACGAGCUGAGGCAGAAGACGAAAGCUGAACUCUUGAAUCAGCUGAAGGACCUCAAGGCCGAGCUAGCCUUGCUUCGUGUUGCUAAGGUCACCGGAGGGCCUAACAAGCUCUCCAAGAUAAAAGUGGUCAGGUUGUCGAUUGCCCAGGUUUUGACUGUGAUUUCUCAGAAGCAAAAGGCUGCGUUGAGAGAUGCCUAUAAGAACAAAAAGUACUUGCCCCUUGAUCUCCGCCCCAAGAAGACCAGGGCUAUUCGCAGGAGGCUUACUAAGCAUCAGGCGUCAUUGAAGACUGAGAGGGAGAAGAAGAAAGAGACUUAUUUCCCAAUGAGGAAGUAUGCUAUCAAGGUGUAAUAGUUGAGCAAAUCUUAUUGAUCAAUUUGACUUUUACUUCCUUUAAUACUUUACCAGUUUUGAUACAUCUCACAUUUGUAGUUUCAUGUUGGAGUUACCAUUUGUUAUUACCUAUGUUAAAAAUCUUGUGUUUUUCGAA